AUGUCUCAUGAUCAGGAUAUUCGAUGGACUUUCAAGUCCCUAGGAGAAGAGAAGGAUUUAUUGAUAUCGUACUUUACUUCUUUGAGGGGAUCUGCACAGAGCGCCGAUUUGAUACCCACGUUUUCAUCUCACGACGAUAUUUGCUUAUCUUUAAAUCAAACUCUGGCGUUGCUCGACUUCAUUUCGACGAACCCACCGGACGAUACGAUUCUACAGCUACUCCACCGAGCCUUUAAGUGUGAGCUUCUCUGCGGCGGUGAUAUUCAUUCUCUGGCGUUAAAACUGGAACCAUCCUCCAGCAGAAAGCUCAUCGAGGCAUAUUUUCGCACCAUCGGCCGUUUCAGGGAGAUGUCGACAUCGGCGCUUUUUGAAAGGGCCAACAUCGACGAUAUAUCGUUGUUGGCGGUCUUUGGAGGCCAAGGAAUUCACAAUCUUGACUGUUUGACUGAGUUACGGAACAUCUACCACACAUAUAAGCCUCUAAUCGGAGACUUCAUCCAGCGGGCCGCAUUAAACUUGCAAAAUAUUGCCCUCAGAUGCUCCGACUCUGCAGACGGCCCUUUUUAUGCAAAGCUUGAUAUCCAUGACUGGCUCUUUGGUCCUUCCGAGAAAUGCCCGGGGCGCGAGCAUAUUGCAACUGCACCCAUCAGCUUUCCCAUCAACGGGCUCACCAGCUUUGCACACUACGCAAUUGCCUGUCAUGUGCUCAACCUUCACCCGGGAGAAAUGAGAGUCCGAUUUUCGGGCGCAGCGGGGCACUCACAGGGUGUAAUAGUUGCCGCUGCAAUAGCUGGUUCGGACUCUUGGUCUAGGUUCCAUGAUCUGGUGGAUAGGUCGCUGGAGCUGCUAUUUUGGAUCGGGCUUAAAAGCCACCAGUCCUUUAAUCACUCUGUGCUCCAACCUGCAGUUGUUUCAAGCGAUGGUAACCAGAAUGCUGUUGCACACUCGAUGCUUAGUAUACGUGGAAUGCGGAAAGUGAAGUUGCAAGAGCUCCUACAGCAGAGUAAUUCUUGCUUGGGAGAAUCGGAAGCCGCAUACUUGAGUCUUCAAAAUUCUGACGAUGCUUUCGUGGUUGCGGGCCCCACGAAAACAUUACGAGGAAUAUGUCAACUACUGGAAAAACGCAAGGUCGCGCCCAACGAGUCCCAGGCGAAAAUCCCGUUCCCUGAUCGCGCUCCCAACAUCGAUUACCAGCUCUUGCCUAUUUCAGCUCCGUUUCACUCCCCUCACCUGCAGAAUGUAACUCAGGAAGUUCUCCAGCAGGUCGGAGCAGAACUUUUGGCGGAACUUGACCUCCGCAUACCGGUAUAUCACACCCGGACAGGAGCUGAUCUCAGGGACAUCACCGGGACGGAUCUCACAGCAGAACUUGUACGAAUGAUCACAUGCGAACAGGUUUUCUGGCGUGAGGCAUGUCUUAAGGACGAUAUUACACACAUUAUAGACUUUGGACCUGGUCGAAGCAGCUGUCUACUCCUCAACCAGAUUCAGGGCUCUGGGACACGUAUCAUUCUUGUAUCGGAACCGACAGAUUCCACGAGCUUGUAUGGCGGCAAACAUGAAUUCUUCUCCAGUGAAAAGCCCUUUUUCGCUCCUAAGUGGUCGCAUAUACAUCGCGCCAAGCUGAUUCGGGAUGAGGGGAAUUUAAAGAUAAGAACGCCGAUGACGGAAAUAUUUGGAACUCCACCCGUUAUGGUAGGUGGAAUGACACCAACAACCGUUGCGUGGGACUUUGUGUCUCAUGUGAUGAAUGCUGGUUACCACAUCGAACUGGCCGCCGGCGGCUAUGCGAAACCCGAAGACCUCGAAUUCGCUAUCAGGAGACUCGCGACAUCUAUACCGCCACAUCGAGGAAUUACCCUUAACGUCAUCUAUGCCAACCCCAAGGCAAUAUUGUGGCAAAUUCCGCUGAUCCGCCAAUUGAUCUCUGACGGCCUCCCAGUUGAGGGCUUGACGAUUGGGGCCGGUAUCCCUUCAUUGGAAGUCGCAUCCGAAUAUAUCCAUACAUUGGGCUUGAAGCAUAUUUCAUUCAAGCCCGGAUCGGUGGAUGCGAUUGAUCAAGUGAUCAAGAUUGCAGAGGCAAAUGAGUCAUUUCCAAUAGCCCUGCAAUGGACUGGAGGGCGGGGCGGUGGCCACCACUCCUAUGAGGAUGUGCAUGCUCCUAUCUUGAAAACAUAUGCACGAAUCCGGAAAAGAAAGAACAUUAUUCUCAUUAUAGGUAGCGGAUUUGGGGAUGCGCAAGGAAUGCUACCUUACCUUACUGGCUCCUGGAGCGAAACCUUUGAUUACCCCCCCAUGCCAUUUGACGGUGUGCUGCUUGGUAGCCGUAUGAUGGUCUCCAAAGAGGCUCACACUUCCCCGCGAGUUAAAGAUUUAAUUGUCCAGACUAAGGGCACCAGCGACGCCGACUGGUUCGCCACCUACUCUGGUUCAGCAGGAGGAGUGAUCACAGUUAAAUCGGAAAUGGGAGAGCCCAUCCAUAAACUGGCCACACGAGCGGUCCUUUUAUGGAAUGAUCUGGACCGAACCGUCUUUCGCAUCAAGGAACCCGCGAAGCGACUUGAGGCCCUUCUCGCCCGGCGAGAGUCCAUAAUUUCUCGCUUGAACACAGAUUACUGCCGACCAUGGUUUGCAAUAGACUCGAGCGGCAAUGCAGUGGAGCUUGAGGAUCUAACCUAUGCGGGUUGUUUGCUUAGGGUAGUGAAUUUGAUGUAUUUGCCACAACAACGGCGUUGGGUGCAUCCAUCGUACUUGAGGUUCUUCCUUGACUUUUUACGCCGUGUUGAAGAACGAUUAUGCCACUCUACUUCAUCUGUCGUUGCAAAGGAGUCGUCGAAUCCUUUCAAGCUCGUGGAUAGCCUCCACAGAGAUUGUCCGAUGCUUAGCACUGAGCUCAUUUAUCCAGAAGAUGUAUCGUACUUUCUGGCACUCUGUCGUCGUCGAGGCCAAAAGCCCGUCAAUUUCAUUCCAAGACUUGACGAAAAUUUUGAAGAGUACUUCAAAAAGGAUAGCUUGUGGCAAAUGGAGAACUUGGAAGCAGUGAUAGACCAAGACCCUCAGCGGGUAUGCAUAAUUCAUGGCCCAGUGGCUGCAAAAUACUCGACCUCGACUGAGGAAUCUGCGGGACAAAUUCUGGAUGGAAUCUGCAAUGAUUUAUUAUCUUCCCUUGCUUCGGGUCAACAUGAGAACCGGGAAAAUCUUACCGCCUUGUCGAAGACCCCAACAGAACAGCCUCUUGCGGGUAUAUUUCCCUGCGCCAGUUUCACCUCAGACCAGAUGCACAAUGUGUAUACUUUUACAUCUUCAGUGACCGACAUUGAAAGGAACCGGAUCCUCGAACACGCUUUGGGAGGAGUAAAUCAGUGGCUACAGGCCUGCUUUUCUGAGCAAUAUAUUCGCCGCGCGAACAUUCAGGAGCACAACCCUCUCCCAAUCGCAUUUCGUCCUGUCACAGGUGAUGCUCUGAUAGUCCGAUAUCACGGAUCCACUAGACAGGUGAGAAGUGUCACAUUAUCUAGGAACUCUCCGUGGCAAAACACCCCAUAUCCAGCGUUGUCUCUCUCUUCAUCCGAUGGGAAGCAGGUUCGCGUUACAAUUCAAACACCCCCUGACUUGUCUCGACGAGUCAGCCAUCUGCGUUAUGAGCUUCAUCUUACCGAAGCAGGAGGUCGGUUCGUGAUCAAUGAUAAGACGGGACAGAGAUUGGAGCGAAUCCGGAAAUUUUAUGCGUCCCGAUGGAUGCUUGAAUACGGGGCAUGUGCAAAUACGGACAUCACCUUGCCCUUUUUCCAGGAGGAAAUGACGCUGUCCCAGAAGAUGGUGGACAGCUUUGCGGCCGUCGUUGCAGGGGCCCAAGGAAAUUAUAGUCCUCCUUUAUCGACUCAACGUCUCGCACCGCUUGAUUUGGGAAUAGUCUGUGCAUGGUCUGUGCUAAUGAAGCCAUUACUAGCCACAGGAGUUGGUGGUGACCUUUUCCGGCUCUUGCACCGAUCCAACACCUUCGAGAUGUUUCCCGAUGCGAAGCCCCUAGAGAUUGGGGACGUUGUCCAGGCGAAUUCACGAGUUACUGCGAUACGUGCCCAACCUAAAGGAAAGCUAGUAGAAGUCAGCGCAACCAUUACAAGGCGACAAGAGCCUGUCAUGACCGUAACUUCAGCUUUCUUUAUCCAGGGGGAAAGCCAGCCCAGUGGCCCUAUGUUCCAGCGACUCCAGGAACCCGAAAUGAUUGUACGGGUUACGACUCAGAAACUUGAGGCGUUGUUACACAGUAGAAAGUGGAUCAAAUUCGACGACGGCCCCAAGACUAAGUUACACCACAAAUGCCUCGCUUUCCGCACUGAGUCUUAUAGUAUCUAUGCCCAGUCCUCCGCCUCCUAUGGCUUGGAGGUCACAGGGACAAUUUCCUGCAUGGUAGAUGGGAAACAACUGUCUCGCGUUGGUGAAAUCAACUAUUCACAUCCACACUGCCAUGGAAACCCUGUGACUGAAUUUCUUAAUCGCUAUGGAGAGCCAUUGAAGCAGCGCCAACAUCUAGAACGCCCUGGGUGGGACAAGUCAGCGUCAUGGGUUAUGGAAAUCCCUGCAUUUGCCAGUCGAGACUAUGCGACAGUGUCUACCGAUAAUAAUCCUAUCCAUGUGUGUUCCAUCUUUGCAGGUUUGGCACGACUUUCACAACCCAUUGUUCAUGGCAUGUAUACAUCGGCCUUUGUGCGAAGAGAACUGGAGAAUCGCCUGGCAGAGUCUGACCGUUCCCGUUUCCGCCGGUGGUACACAUCAUUUGAAAGCCCUGUCCAUGAAGGUGAUGCCCUGCGCGUCGAGGUCGAGCAUACUUCGAUGGUUCAAGGGCGCAUGGUCUUCAAUGUGCAUGUUUUCAAUAAUGCCAGCAAUGAAAUUGUGAUGAAAGCUGAAGCUGAAGUUGAGCAACCGCCGACAGCCUAUCUUUUCUGUGGCCAGGGAAGCCAGGAAAAGGGCAUGGGGAUGACACUAUAUGACAAUGAUGAGGCAGCACGAGAAAUUUGGGACAGAGGGGAUCGUUACCUUCUUGAUCGUUAUGGUUUCUCCGUGAUUGAUGUCAUCCGGCAAAAUCCAUCGAAAUUGACCGUACACUUCCGAACUGCAAAAGGACGCCGCGUGCGUGAGAACUAUCUUGCGAUUACCCGUCGAGUAGUCGAGAAUGGGCGUGAAGUUCAGGUUCCCAUUAUGGCGGGAUUGACCCCUGAAUCCGAAUCGUAUACAUUUCACAACCCAACUGGGCUGCUCUUCUCCACCCAAUUCGCCCAACCUGCCAUCAGUUUGAUGAAUCUUGCCGAGAUGGCCCGACUUGAAUCAAGAGGGCUGGUACAAAGUGAUGCUACCUUCGCUGGACACUCUCUAGGCGAAUACAGUGCGCUUGCUGCUUGUGCUGGCAUCCUGUCGGUGGAGGAUCUGAUUGCCCUUACCUUUUACCGUGGUGUGGUGAUGCAAAAUAUGAUGGAUGGUGAUACCACGGGGCAAACGGACUUUUCUAUGGUCGCCGUUAACCCGUCAAGGGUCAAAAAAGAUUUUACACAGGAGUCUCUCAUUAUCCUCACCAAACAAAUAAGUUCCACCAUGGGUCUCCUUCUCGAAGUUGUCAACUACAAUGUCUAUCAACAACAAUAUGUCUGCGCUGGUCACCUACAAGCCCUUUGGCUACUGGGAAAAGUCUGUGAUCACUUAGCCAAUGAUACAAGAGCUGGGACAGACACCCCUGAGGCUCUACUUGAAAUUGUACAGCGACAUGAGCCAGCAGCCAGAAGCCAAAAAGCCCCUGUCCAGCUUGAUCGUGGAAAGGCAACUGUCCCUCUCCUUGGUAUUAAUGUUCCCUUCCACUCUAGCUAUCUACAGGGCGGCAUUGACACUUACCGGGAAUACCUUAAAGACAAGAUUAAGGAGGAGAAGAUUGACCCUCUUCGGCUGGUAGGCAAAUUCGUUCCAAACGUGAUGGGAAAGCCAUUUUCUGUACAAAAGCCCUAUGUUGAGGAUGUGGCUCGGGUUACAGGGAGUCGGGUCUUGCAGCAGAUGCUGGAGAGCUGGGCUUAA